CAUGGGAUCGGACGAAGAGAUAUCCCAGAAUGUUAACAAGUUAAGUGAAGUAAUACACGCCCUCAAUAUUGCAUCAACGGGUUUGGACUUACUUUCACUGAAAUGGUCUCAGCAGCCUUUGAAAGGGCGUUUAUCAAUUCCAAUAAACCUUGAUCCUGUAAGUUGGAAGAGGGCUUCAAAGAAAGUAAGAUCAGCAAUUGAUGAGCUAAGAAUAAAAGAUACUUCAUCAUUCACCUCUGUAGAGAAUUUAAAUCUUAACAAUGCGAUGAGAGAGCCAAAUACCGAAGUAUUGCAAACUUGGAGGUUUGUUGAUGAAAUACCAAUGAAACACCGUAUUCACGCUCUCGUUGCUACUGAAGGAGGAGAUAUUCUAACCGCUAAAUGUGUGAAAAAGCACUGUUUAGAUACAUCUGAUCAAAUACAUCACGAAAAGGAUCUUUGUGAACAUGAUUUAGCCGAGUUCAAAAAGAAGAUAUUUAUAGCAAGAAGUGCCGAUCCGGAAGGAACCAUUUUAGAGACUGAUUUUAGUAAAAUAGGCAUACCUAUAGUGAAGCAUCGUAAUCUAUUCAGUGGACGAUAUCCACAUAUUGCAACGACGGCUUCAACCGGUAAACUUGUUGUUGCUUCAACAAGUGAAGUUCUUAUCUUUAAUACUGAGAAUUGGAUGAAAGAAAAGACAAUUACGGCACCAAUUCGUCGGACAGGACAUGUUGUUUGUAAGGGAGAUGAAUUCAUUUUCGUUGGAGAUCCCGAAACAAGACAAAUUCACCAAUUCUCAAUAGAAACUGGUAUACUAAUAGCGACUUGGAAUUUAAAAAACUGUCCUGGAGCAAUGUGCGUUGAUAGGAAUGGCAAUAUUUUAGUUGCUGAUAACAAAGAUGCUUGCAUUAUUCAAUUGGAGUCUAAUGGUAAGUCAAGGAUAGUUAUUAAUGAAAAGACUGCUUCCUUGAAUGGCAUUAAAGGCUUGGCUGCUUAUGAUACAUUUGUUUACGUUCUCUUGGAAACUGAGAAAAAUGAUAGAAUCAAACUUCUCACCGAAUGUUAG